AUGCAGACUGCUUCUACAAACAUUUGUGAAAGAAUGGGUCGCUCUCAGGAGUUCAGUAAAUUCAAGUUUGGUACCGUGAUAGGUUGCCACCUGUGCAAUAAGUUCAUCCAUGAAAUUUCCUUCCUACUAAAUAUUCCACGGUUAACUCUUAGUGGUAUUAUAACAAAGUGGAAGCAACUGGGAACAACAGCAACUCAGCCACAAAGUGAGCGGGGUGAGCACAUGCUGAAGCGCACAGUCUUCAGAAGUUGCCAACUGUAUGCAGAGUCAAUAGCAAAAGACUUCCAAACUUUGUGUGGCCUUCAGAUUAGCACAACAGUGCAUAGAGAGCUUUAUGGAAUGGGCUUCCAUAGUUGA